ACUUUAAUAAUUACAGCAUGCUCAGUGCCAGUGCCUGUCUUUUGUAGACCAGAGAGGGGGAGUGGCCUGAAGGUAGCAGUAGUUCAUUUUAGAGCAAGAAUUGAAUGCAUAACCAUCAACCAGCUCAGGAUGCAUUUAAGAGUACCAACUUUUACAAAGGUUACAUGCCUUCGUAGAAUUCUAAAUCAUAUGCUGUUGAAUCAGAAUCAGUCGGCACAUCCAUCAGCAUUGUUCUCAACUUCUGCUAUCAAGUUUAAUAAAGAAAAUUCCAACCCAAAUUCUACUGAAAUAGAAUCCAACCCCUUCUUCAACAAGUAUAAAUCUAAACUUCAGCACCUACAGAGCAACAGCCCCAAUGAAUAUGAAGCUAGAAUAAAAGAUCUUGCUGAUCGGCUUAAGCCUAAAAAAGUUGAUGACAGCUCCAAGAAACUUCAGCCUCCACAAACUGUUCUUCCUUCAGAGGUUGCUAAGUCUGGAGUAGGGAUGUCAAAAAAACAGGGGUUGGACUCCAUUAUGAAGAUGGAUUUGGUAUGUGACAAAACAGCAGAAGAAAUAACUCAAAUUUGGAAUGAGUAUCAUAAUGGUAAAGAUUGUGUAUAUGCUGUUCUCAAGACUAAUGUUUAUCAAAAUUUAAUGAUUAAAGCCAAAGAAUGUCCAGUAUUUGUGUAUGCUAUUCCAAGAAAUGAAGGUUUUGAGUUUAUCCUGUCGCAGUUUGAUCAGAAUGAUGUCUACUUUACACAGUUAUCUAUGUUUCAGCUUGUUAGAGAAAAUGCACCUCCUUGUUUAACAUUAAAUCAUUACACAGAGUUUUUAGAAGAUAAAGGAAUCGUGCUAAUGUCUGGUAAAUAUGACAGCAAUGUUCUGAAACGAGAAAUGGCCCUAGGACUAGUGCAACAAAUGAGUGUUUUCUACGGCCUGAACUCUCGCUACUUUGAAUUAGUGUAUCGUUUCAACUAUGAGCCAGCAAGAUUCCAUUAUCAAGAAUUGAUUGAUGCAGUUAAAGCACUACCUCAAUUUAAUAUUAAAUAGAUCACAUGUACAUAACUUACUUUCUACUAGUGCAUUAUCAGGGUAGGAAUAAAAAAAUUAAAUUAAA